ACCGCCGCUCGCGGGGUAUUUCUCUCAUCCCGGCGUUCAUCCCGCCCCUAGGGCGGCCAUCACCGCCGGAAGGAAGGAUCUGAGGUGCGUGCAGUGCGCGAAACGACGACGCUCCGUGCCCCAAGCCUGCACAGAGCUCGAGGGUUCCCACCCCGAGAGAGUGGAUACACGGAGUGCCAGCCCGGCGGCAGAGUGCGGAGGAGCAGCGCGGCCAUCGGCCGGAUCGAAGCGCCGCGUGCGUGAGAGGCGCGAUGCCGGCGGCGGCGGCCUCGGUCUCUUCGGCCACGACGAGCUGAGUGAGGCGCGGAUGCGGACCGUGCAUUUCAAAGCCGGAGGGGGCCUUCCCGAGGCCGGCAGCUAGCUGAGCGAGGCGGCGCAGAAACGGUAGGAAAGAGAAGAGAGCCCGAGCGGAAACGCUAACCAAGACCUCGAGACCAUGUCCUCCCGCGACAUGUACGGCGGCUCGCAGAGGUCGCCCCGGGCGGCCCAGAGCUCGCGCGACGUGAUGCUGGGGCCGCCUAAGACGUCCUACGCGUCCAUCUCGCAGCCGCCGUCUGCCAGGGGAAGUCCCAUCGCGCGCAACCUCUCUUCGCCGUCGCAGGGCCGCCGCAUGCGGCCCACCGGACCGUACGGCGUGAGCCGCUCGAGCAACAGCAGUCCGCUCACCAUGGCCACCCACGACUACUACGGAGACGAGCCGGACCUGCGUGUGUCGCACCGGAGCCGGUCGGCCACGCGAGCAGCGCCGCCGGCCAUGCGAUCGUCGUACCCGGGAGUCGGAGUCGUCGACCAGGACUUCAUGCCCAUCAGGGACCGGUCCCUGGAGCGCGGCGCCGCGGACCUCGGAGGAGGAGGACGCCGCGGAGGGUACCGCGGCGAAGACAUGUACCGCGAGACGACCAUCGACGGCGAUCCGUACCGGGACUACGGCGGUAGCAGUGGCCGCGGUGGCGGCGGGAGCUUCGUGGCCGAGCUGCAAAGCCGGCUUAACGAGCUCCAGAGUCAAUACGGGAGCGUCAAGCGGGAACUGGACGCGACCACGCAGAAGCUCGGCUCCAGCAUGCACAGCAUCAAGACCUUCUGGAGCCCCGAGCUCAAGAAGGAGCGCGCCUUGCGCAAGGAGGAGGCCGCCAAGUACGCCCUCAUCAACGACCAGUUGAAGAUCCUGCGGUCGGAAAACCAGAAGCAGGCAUCGCUGAUCCGCCAGCUGGAGGAGGAGCUGCGGAUGGCGCACAUGCGCAAUCCCGACGCCGAGCUACGUCAGCACCUGGACGCCCUCUACGCCGAGAAGGAGCACAUGGCCAAGGAGAUAUUCCUGCUCAGGGAGACCAUCAAGGAACUGGAGCUGAGGAUAGAGACGCAAAAGCAGACGCUCGCAUCGCGAGACGAGAGCAUCAAGAAGCUGAUGGAGAUGCUGCAGAGCAAGGGCGUCGGGGGCCAGAUGCUGGAUGAACAGCGUAUGGAGAUGGAGCGACUCAAGAGCCGCCUCAUCGAAUCCGAAGCCCGUGCGCGCCACCUGGAGACCAUGUUGGACACCAGGGACCGAGACAUUGGCAAGCUGGACGAGCUCCGGAUCGAGCUGAACAAGCGAGACCAGGAGCUCCUGGCCAUGGGAGCCAAGAUGAAGACGCUAGAGGAGCAACACCACGACUACCAGCGACACAUCGCCGUGCUCAAGGAGUCCCUGUGCGCUAAGGAGGAGCACUACAACAUGCUACAGGCUGACGUGGAAGAACUGCGGCAGCGGCUGGAGGAGAAGAACAAGCUGAUAGAAAAGAAGACUCAGCAGGCGCUAACAGCGACGCAGGAGCGCAACCACCUAAGCCAAGAACUGCAGGAGCUUAGGGACCACAUGGACAUCAAGGACCGAAAGAUAAACGUGCUUCAAAGGAAGAUCGAGAACCUGGAGGACUUGCUGAAGGAGAAGGACAACCAGGUGGACAUGGCGCGUGCGCGGCUGUCGGCGAUCCAGGCGCACCACUCGACCUCGGAGGGCGCCCUGUCCAGCCUGGAGGAGGCCAUCGGCGACAAGGACAAGCAGAUCGUGCAGCUGCGCGAGCAGCGCGACCGCGCCGAACAAGAACGCAACGAGGAGCGGGACCUGCAUGAGCGCCAGCUGGCCGAGUACCGCAUGAAGAUGCACGCGCUGGAGAGCGAGAUGGACAAGCUGCAGAGCCGCCUGGAGAAGGCCAACGCCGAGAAGGAGCGUUUGGAGGCACGUCUCGAGAACUCCCAGUCCGAGUUGGGACAGGCGCGCGCCGAGCUGGACAAGAUCCAGGCCGAGGUGAGCCGCUCGUCCGCCGACUGGGAGCGACUGCGCGGCGAGCACGCGCGACUGUCGCUCGAGAACGAUCGCUUCCGCGAGCACGUGGGCCGCCUCGAGCAGCCCACGGUGACGUCGUCGCCGUACCGGAGCGCCACCAGCGUACUGCCGCUGCAACAGCAGCAGCACGCGUCCGACGAGCGCACCCAAGAGAAACUCGACCGCGUACAGGCCGAGCUGCGCCGGGCGCAAGCUGAACUGAGGAUGACGCAGGCCGAGCAGGAGCGGGCGCGCGGCGAGCAGGAGCAGCUGCAGGAGAAGCUGGAGCGCUCCCAAGGGGAAGUGUACCGACUCAAGGCCAAGCUAGAGAACGCGCAGGCCGAGAGAGAGGCUCUCCAGGAGGAGUACGACCGCGUGCAGGGCAUCGUUGCCCGAGGCCAGUCCGACAGGGACGCCGCGCUGGCCGAAGCGGAGACGCUUCGCGCCGAGCUGGAGCGCGUCCAGAGCGCUCUAACCAAGGCGCAGGUGUCGCAGGAGAAGACGCAAGCGACGCUCGAUCGGGCGCAGCUGGAAGCCGACAGGCUUCAGGAGAAGCUGGACAAGGCACUGGCCGAGACGAGGAGACUGGCAGCCGACCGCGAGCGCUGCCAGGACGAGGUGCAGGGCUUACAAGGGCAGUUGGCACAGGCUCAGCUGCAGGCUCAGCGGGCACACAAGGAGAAGGACACGCUGCAGUCAGAACUGGAGCAGACCAGGGAGAAGGCCGACAGGGCGCUGGCUUUGCAGCAGAGGCUGCACAAGGAACGCGACGCCGCCCAGGCCGAAGCGGACGCACUGAGAGACCGUCUUGACUUACUCCAGAGUCAACUAGCCAAGGCACACAAGGAGCGAGAGAACGUCCAAGCAGAGUUUGAGGUGAUGCGUGACAGGCACGACAAGGCGGCGCUCCAAGCGGAGCGGGGACGAGCCGAGGCCGACGCAGCACAGGCCGAGUUGCGGGCAGCGCGCGACCGCGCCGACAAACUCCAGCUGCAGCUGCAGAAGGCCCAGGAAGAGAGGGAAUUGUGCAGACUGGAACAGGACAAGCUCCGCGAGAAGCUUGACAGGGCACAGGCGGAAAGCUUCAAAGCUCAGACCCGCUUGGACCAGGGCCAGGCAGAGGCAGACCGCUUGGCCCUGGAGUUGGACAAGUGUACGGUCCUGCUGGCGAAGACCAAGGAAGAUCACAAGCGAUCUCAAGAAGAGUUUGAAGGCUUGCAGGAUCUGUAUGUGAGAACGAACGCUCAGCUGGCCAAGACCAAGGAGGCCGAAGAGAAGACGCGACAGGACCUCGAUCGCUGUCAAGUUGAGCUGGAAGUGGCCCGCGAUCGUUUGGAUAAGGCACAGCUGGAGGCGCGCCGUCUUCAAGCCGAGCGCGAUCGGCUGCAAGCCGAGGUAGACCGCAUGUCUCUAGAUAUGGACCGCAUCCAAACGCAAGUGGGGAAGACGCAGACGCAUCACGAAAAGUCCCAAGAAGAACUAGCAAGAAUGCAGGUGGAGUUGGAAAAGCUCUACGAAAAACUGGAUAGGGCACAGACCGAGCUUCGCAAGACGCAGAACGAGAAAGAUCGCCUUCAGUCGGAGAAAGAGAGCCAGCAGGCCGAACUGGAACGCUACCAGGCGCAAAUGGCAAAGUACCACAAUGUCCAGGACAAGUCUCAAGCCGACUUCGAACGGCUGCGUAUCGACGUCGAAAAGAUGCGCGACAAGUACGAAAAGACGCUCGCGGAACUCAACAAAACAAGCGAGGAAUGUGCCAAGCUCAAAGCCGAGCUCGACCGAACGCGGUCGGAGAAAGGUGUCACCCAAGAAGAACGACAGGCGCACGCUAAUGAAAUCGAGCGUCUGUACAUCGAGGUUGAAAAAGCAAAGGACAAAUACGAAGGUGCCAAGCUCGAGGUCAAGAAACUUCAGGAUGUGCGCACCCAGCAACAGGCCGAAAAUGAGCGGUUGCGCAGGGCUCUGGAAGCUACACAGGCCGAACUCAAGAAGUCCACCGUGGCGGCGGACGAUAGGCAACGCCAGGAGAUCGAAAAGUUAACGGUCGAAUGUCAGAGGCUUCGUGAGAGGGCUGACCGUGCCAUCCAGGAGAGGGAUUCUCUUCUCACCGAGCUGAACAAGGCUCAGGCGACGCUGAAUUCGCUGCACGAGGCCAGCGAAGGAGACCGGCAGAAGAGUACAUCUGAGGCCGAGCGUCUCAGGCACCUUCUGGGUCGCUCCGAGGAAGACCUCCAGAAGACGGUCGCCGAGAACAGCAGAUUACAGAUGGAAGUGGAACGGUUGAAACAGGACGUUGAGGACGCCGAACGGUACAUCUCGAGCGUGCAGGAGAGCACGCAGAAGGACCGCAAUCAACAGGAAAGCCUUCGAGCGGAGACGAAACGGUUGCAGGAGACCCUCGAGAAGGUACAGGAGGAACUGCGCAAGACCUCCCAGGAACGAAACAGGCUCCAGAUCGAGGUCCAGGAGUUGGUCGCCGAACUGGAACGACGUAGUGGCACGGAAAAUGCCGCACGUGCGCAGGAGGACGCGAGGAUACGGGGCGAGAUCGAGAAACAGCAGCAAGAAGUGCAGCACCUGCACAAGGAACUCAAGAAGAGCACCCAGCAGAUGCAGAAGCUCGAGGCGGAGAACAAGGAACUCAGAGCCAAACUGGAGAGAGCGCUGGACUCGGCCGCUCACGCGCAGAAGCAGUCAGAAGAGACGCAGGCCGAGACUACGAAACUGAGGGAGGCGAAUCGAAUGCUGAAGCAGCAGCAACAGCAACUGCAGCAGCAGGCAGCCGGAGGAAUGAAGGAAGGUGAGCGCGAAAAGCUGCAGAGAGAAUUGGACAGGAUGCAAGUGGAAAUGGAGAGCCAGAGAGAGGAAGCGUCGAAGCUGAGGAAGCAGCUCGAACAGUCUCGGGCGGAAAUCAAGAAUUUCUCAGUGGAACGAGAUCGUUUCCAGGAGCAGUUGGAGAAGCUGGUUCAGGAGAUCGAACGAAGGGAGACGGAGAUCCAGAACCUCCGUGCCAAGGGUGCUCAGGCGCCACCCAAGAUGGACGCCGAACUGGAGGCCCUCAAGAAGAGGCUGGACGACCGGCAGAAGCAGCUGGACGAGUUCGAAAAGAGGCUCAAGAAGAAGAAGGAGAAACUCGAGCAGGCAGAGGCUGCCAUGCAAAAGGCGGGCAGCACGGAGACGGAGCAAGAACUGGUCCGGCAGUUGGCCGAGUUGAAGAUGCGUUGCGCCGAGCUGGAGACGAGGCAGCCACCGCCUCCACCGACGGGAGGAGCCAACGAGGCCGAGCUGGAGCGGCUGCUCCAGAUCAUGUCUUCCCUCGAGGAAGAGAAGGUCAAUCUCAACGCACAGAUCAAGCAGCUGCAAGAGGCGCUAAAGGACCGAGACAGCAAGCUGAAUGCGCUCAAGCGCAGCCAGCAAACGGACAAGACGCGGAGCGCCCAGAUGAUGGACGAAGCUCGCCGGAGAGAAGGAGACCUCGGUCGAGAAGCUUCCAAAGCUCAAGAGGAAGUGACCCGGCAGCGAGAACGCAUCGAGGCCCUGGAAGAGGCCCUUCGAGAGAGCGUUGAGAUCACAGCCGAGAGUGAGGCUGAAGUGGUGCGCCAAGAGUGCCUGCUGAGGGAAGCCCAGGAGAAGGUAACAGACUUGGAGGCCCAGCUGCGUCGCGCGAGGAGUAGCGAGUGCUUCCGCUGCGGCAGCUGCCCCGACCUCAGGUUCCAAAUGAAGGACGUCUGCUGGAAGGCAAUGUGGGCGGAACGGAAGCGACACCUGGAUGAGCUAUACGACAUGAAGUUGGAGGCACUGUCGGCAGCCAUCAGCGAAAAAGAUGCGCACCUGGCUCUAUUGGAAGAGCAGCCGAUCCAGGACGAGAACACCAGGCGUCAGGCGGAGAGCUUGCGCGCCGAAAAGGAGCGUCUUGUUCAGAGGAUCAAGAUGGAGAACCAGAGCCGUGUCAAGAUGAUCGCUGAAGCCGACGACGCCCUGCAACGGGUCAACGGCACCGGAGAUGGCGACACGGCGAAUGAGCAGGGUGACACGGCGAACAAGACAACGUGAUCCUCCCGGACAUCGCGCCAACGCAGCUGCCUUCGAUUCGGAUAAGCCUUGAUGGCGAGUAAGGCUGGAGUCAACGGGAACCAAAUAACUCCCUCUUGCCGCCACAACCCUCCACAUACCGCCUUCGCCUAUUCCACGAGACCACAGCCUUCAUUUUGUUUUUUCACUCCUGCUUGUUAUCUUUUUGGUGCCAUAUAUUUACCUGUUGUUGUUUUGUACUGGUACUACCGUGAUGUACGUACUAUUUAUUUCAUUGUUAAAUAUUUCGUUCAUUUUUGUCACCGUGCCAAAAACCAGACGGGAAGUCCAUGACGAGUGCGAAUUCGCACAUGCCAUGAUGACCCGAGCUUCUUUUUUAACCAUAGCCUUCCCGGUUUCUUUUGAACUUUCUUUUUUGUAAAGAUUCAGCCCGUCGACUUUUUCCAUAUGUCGUUGUUUGUGUCAGCGAAGGAAAGACUUAUCCACGAUAUCUUUCGGUCAUAUAAAUCCACUGCGCUGUAUUUUGCUAAGAACCAAAAUAUCUAGAAUUCUUCUUUUUACUUCUCUUGUUACUGUAAGUCCGCUACCGUUUUUUCUUGGUGUCUAACGGACAACGGUAUGUAAACUAUGCUUCAGUACUUCAUUUGCUGCAAGCUAUCUUGUUCGUACAUCUUUAUUUUGUUUAACGCAAGCUGAUGUACGAUUCGUUUCUUGUAUAAGAUGAGAAAGUUGUCGCUUUUAUUGUCUGUACAUAUUGUGUGUUUUUACGAUGACGUGUGCUUUCCUCUGCGCCCAUUAAUUGAGGCGCGUUCAUCAUAUACACAUUGCUGUAUGUUGUGCGUAUUUUCGAAACGAGCAUUCGGUGUGCCAUCCCCCCGUUUUGCUUGUGCUGUAUGUUUAUAGGUGAGAAAGCAACCUUCCUUUCGGUUUUGCCUCAUGGAAAGAGUUUAACGCGCAGUGUGUCCUUAUUAACCGGAGAACUUCUCUACGGUUAGGGCAGGCGGACAGCCGCGUUAUGUCACAUAAAGCGGAUAGAUGACCGCACUAACCUGAAAACAACCUCGUUUCGCGAAGCAUUUCAGCCGCUGUGUUCGGGAUUGACCUGGAGGACUAGCUAAGACUUGCAACGUCUGCGCUAUGACCUGGCUUUCGCGUUUCGUUGUGCCUAUAAAUAAGAAAGCUAAUCGCAAACCAUGGCAGAUCGUACACAUAAUAUCGGUUAUUGCGAAGAUUAUGACUUACGGUUCGGUAAUGAAGGCACCGGUCAAUGAUAUAAAUACACUUGGAUAAGAAUACUCUUUGCGACAACAGAUUGGACUGACAUUGACACAUACGUGUACUUAGACUUCGAUUAGACUUAGGCAUGCUCUGUGGAUCUAAAGAAAAAGUGUGCAAGGCGUUCACAAAUGCAACGUGGAAUUACCAUGCGCGUUGUUUCAUACAUGCGACGAAGCAAUAGCGCGAAUGUUGCACACAACUUUGGUACAGGAGUCACACUGUCCCUUGUUCCUUAUGGAAACGGGACGUCAUGACCUCACGUCCAUCAAAUGUUCCCCGCCUCUACGCUAUUGUUUCGCCACGACAAAAAAUACCCACCGUAGCUGACACUCGCACCUUACUGCAUUUCUUCCGUGUUUUCCUGGCAACAAGAAAAAGCCACUUAGACGUUGUUCCACCGAUCAGCAAGGACAACGUUUCGUUCAUUUGUUGUAGCUGAAGCACAAUCGUAGGAGCUGGCGUUCCAAUAGUGACUCAGCAGGUUUUAAGUGACGGAGGAAUAUUAAACGAGGGCACAUAUCACUAGAGUCGAGACAAGGUUGUACUGUUAUCACACGUAGCUGUAAAGACAUAGUAUUCUUGACGUAAGAACAUGAAUGAGCUUAAACGUGUAGAACACUUAACUGACAGGUUGUGUGUGACGUAAGAAGCACAGUGCACGCUACGGUUAUCCUUUAGUCUAUAAGAAA